CGAGCUUUACCUCUCUGGGGAAUCGCCCUAAUCAUACUGCUCCUCGGAUUCCUUCGGACACAGCUGGUGGUUACUAUUACGAGUAGUAGAAUACCGGGAUCAAACGGAAUACCUAAAACAUAAACAUCAUGGCGUCUGCUGCCGGCGCGGCUAAUAGAGUGCUGAGAGUCACUGGGCCGAUACUCCUACCGGCUGUCGCUUAUGGUGCCUACAAAGGGAACUUGCUAGCAAUGCUUGGGUCUUUCUUUACAGGCCCAGGCAGAACAAGUCGUGUUGUAGCUCUGGUAGUCGUGCUUGUUAAUUGGAAAAGCCUGCCCUUUGCGUGGACUUUCCGCGUUGUCGGCGCUAUGGUAACGCACCUAGGUUUUAGGCGCUUUCAUACACACACUCCCGAUCAACUCUUCCACCCAGUGAUAACGCCAUCUCAUGUCUCGCUUCUCGAAGUCGAUUAUAAUAUCCACAAGUCCAACUCGACCUACUUCGCCGACCUCGACGUCAGUCGUUCUCAACUAGUUUCACACUUAUUUGCUCGCGGCUGCCGCGAACUCGCUGACAAUAACUCAACACGCCUGGUGGUGGAUCCGUCGGACCCUUCGAAGCCAGCUGAGGGUAAAUUCAGCGUUAUGCUCGGUGCUGUGCAAUGUAGCUUCAAAAAAGAGCUACAACCUUAUCAAAAAUAUGAGAUGUGGUCCCGUGUUCUCAGUUGGGAUCGUAAAUGGCUUUACAUCGUAACGCAUUUCGUUGAACAUGGUGCCGUCAAACCGCGGUCGUGGGACGGGGGGAACUUCGGCGCGACGAGGAAAGACAAGGGGAAGCCCCAGGAUUGGGAGAAGAAAAUACAUGCUACAGCCAUCAGCAAGUAUGUAUUCAAGAUCGGACGAUUAACAGUACACCCGGCUAUUAUUAUCGACGCCAGUGGAAUGCUUCCAGAACGGCCUGAUGGUUGGGUCGCUACGGAGAAUGGAAUGGCCCCUCCAUCUCAUCUGAUCACUGGCCAUGCCGUCAGUGAAGCUGAAGCUAAGGAUGGACAUGGCAAUUGGGACUGGAAGCAAACAGAACAGUUGCGUAAUAAAGGCUACGAGUUUGCAGCGCAUUUCGCGGCGCUAGAUGGUCUACAAAGCCAAUUUGAUAGCGGUGAAGAUGGGGCUCUUGGUAGAUUUGGCCUCGCGUGAUUUAUACCGCAUCUACACACUAGACUUUCAAACUCACGAUAUAUAUUGCUGGUCGCGUAUUAUAUAGAUAUGGAUUUAUAUCCUUGGACUUGGCCUUAGAAGAGUAAACAUCGAAGACAAUUACAGACUAUCAAUU